AUGACCAAAUGCCGACGAUGGUUCGACCGUUACCAGAAACAGGCCGGUCUGACGGUCUACGUCGGCCCGACGGCAUCAGUCGAUUCUGGUACCUGGAAAGAUUUCCGAGAAGACUAUCGUACCGCUAUGAGUGGUGGUACAGGCAUAAGUGGUACUGGUAUUAGUAGUCCUGGUAUGUAUCGGACAGUUGAAGAUCCUAACUGGAGACCGCAUGGCAGCUCAAGUCAUCGAGACUACGGGGAUCGAGACUACGGGGAUCGAGACUACGGGGAUCGAGACUACGGGGGUCGGGACUACGGGGGACGAGACUACGGCAGUGGCGGUCGAGGUUGCCCAAACGGAAGUGGAAGGCGAGACCAUCCCAGCGGUAGUGCAGGUCGAGAUUCCGGCAGCGGAGGGCGAGCCUACGCUGGAGCCUACGCUGGCGGCAACGGCAUCUCUACUGUUGCCAGGGGCUCUCCCCCAGGGGACUUCAGUUUCCGGCAAUUCAGCGACCAAAUGGGAGGCAUGGACGAGUGUUCGCCAGUGGUGGUCGGAGACUACGAGAAGCAACUAGUGAGACGCAUUGUUCAGCCGCGCGGAGGACGGGCAAUGCCAACAAUGGGAGAGCUGGACGGGUUCCGGCGCGAAGCAUCUGCCGUGGACUUGGUCAGUAUCCUGGAGGCUAUAUCCGAAUAUAUAUUGAAUGAGACGCAAUCUUGGCAGUGGAAGAUACGCGCGCUGGCGUUGCUGCAAACUUUGCUGGUUAGAGACCGAUUGUAA